AUGUCAUCCAUGAUGGAUGGGCCAAAAGAAGAUAAAGCUAGACCGAUAGUGUUGGAACAAAAAGAAGAACUUGCUUAUUGCAUGAUGAUAGAAGAAGAUGAAGGAAAGGAUGGAGAAGGCGAAUGGUACUCAGACAUCCUACAGUACCUCAAGGAUGGGACAUACCCACUCUCUGCAGACAAGAAUGAUCAAUUAACCAUCCGGAGGUUGUCUACUAAUUACAGUAUUUGUGGUGAAAGGCUUUAUCGAAGAUCAUAUGAUGAAAUUCAUCUCCUUCGUGUAAUUGCCAAGGAAGCACAGCAAAUAAUUGAAGAGGUUUAUGAGUCAAGCUAUGGGCCACAUAUGAUUGCACAAUGCUGUCAAGGAAGCUAA